GCUUGAGCUGUGUUCGAACUUGGGUCAAAAAAAAGAAAAAGUAAAAAGAAAAAAGACGAGCCCUUUUGCUUCUUGUUGUUCAUACUCAAACCUGGUUUGAGGUUUCUGUUUCUCCAUCUCCAUUCUCUGAGGUUUGAGGAAGGUUGAGCUCUGAUCAAUUGGACCAAAGAUUGACAAUAGCAGCUUAGGCUUCUGCUAGUUCUCAAUCCAUCUCAAGCUAAGGCACUGCGUAACUUCUGGUUGCUCUUGGAAGAUAGAGAUACAUCUAGUAUUCCAGGCAUAAUACAAAUGUACCUAAUUAUACCAUAACACAAUUGUUGGACAUGGACAUUAAGGAGGCAGAGCGGGUAGUGAUAGCUAAACCUGUUGCGACAAGGCCUACUUGUUCCAGCUUCAAGUCAUUCACGGAGCUUCUUACAGGUGCUAUCGAUGCAGCGCCCUCUAAUGUAUCUUCUGAAACUGCUGUUCCUGCCAUCAGACCAAAGACUGUAAGGUUCAAGCCAACAGCCAAUCAUCCUGUUGCUGCAUUGGUUUCUUCCCAGGCAGAGACCUCUGGUGCUGCAAUUAGUAAUUCAGCAGAGAAGGUUUCAAAAUCAGAUAGUAAAUCAACUGUUGUGUACAAACCAUUGGCGAAAGUUGUAUCGAGGGCGACUGUUUCUGCCUUGGCUAAUCUGGGAAACUUCAAUACUAGCCAGCAACAAACACAGUCAUCAGUUGGGACUGGUGUGGUUCUACGUCCAAACCGUGAUAAAUCCUAUAAAACACAACUCGUCUCAAACAUUUACCAGAAAAGUCGAUCAUGUGCCGAGACAAGCCAGACUACAGAACCAGUAAAGAUAGUAUCUCAAAAUAUGGAAGAGGAUGCAAAGAAUAUCCCAGCUGCAGCCAAUAGUGAUAGGCCUUCUUAUGAUGGAUACAAUUGGAGAAAAUAUGGGCAAAAGCAAGUCAAAGGAAGUGAGUACCCACGAAGUUAUUACAAGUGCACACAUCCGAAUUGUCCCGUGAAAAAGAAAGUCGAGAGAUCUUUGGAUGGACAGAUUGCUGAGAUUGUAUACAAGGGUGAACACAACCACUCAAAGCCUCAGCCUCCAAAGCGCAGCUCAUCUGGGACGCAAGGGUCAGGAUUUGCAUCUGAUGCAACUGGUCAAGAUUACAACACCCGGUUAUGGAAUAGUCAUCUUAAUGAAAAGAAUGAAGGUUCUGAAGGUAGAGUAGAGGAUCAGAAUGAAGUUGGAAUACCAGUGCAUUCUUAUCAAAGCAAAAACAUAGUACAUUAUGAUCCACUUGCAACUGGAAAACUAAAUGCUGGCACUGCAACUCCUGAUAAUUCUUGUGGAGUUAGCGGAGAAUGUGAGGAAGGAAGCAAGGGAGUUGAGACAGAGGAUUACGAGCCUAGAAGUAAGAGAAGAAAAAGUGAGAAUCAAUCAAGUGAAGCAGGCAUAUCGGGCGAAGUCAUGCAAGAACCUCGUGUUGUGGUGCAAAGUUCUGCAGAUACUGAGAUUACAGGUGAUGGCUUCCGCUGGAGGAAAUAUGGGCAGAAAGUUGUCAAGGGAAAUCCAUAUCCCAGAAGUUACUACAGAUGCACCAGUGUCAAAUGCAGUGUGCGUAAGCACGUCGAAAGAGUUUCAGAGGAUCCGAAAGCCUUUAUCACAACAUACGAGGGAAAGCACAACCAUGACAUGCCACUGAGGACCGCAAACCCAGGGGCAUCAUCGGAAAAGGAUCCACAGGCCCCUCCUUCAAGUAAAGAAAAGCCAUGAACCUGUCAAAUUCACACUCAGGGAUCAAGCUAUUGAACUCCAUCUUUAAUCUGACAAAAAUGUCAAAUUGAGCUUGCAGUGGAUUCAAAUCAUAUAUCAGACACCAAAUAAGCUGCAGUAAUAUUUCUGAUGCCCACUUUGAUUGGUCUGCUGCAAAUACCUGGUGGAAUGGAAUCUCUUUGAAAGUUGUUGGUUGAUGGAGACAUUUAUUUAUAUGGGAUUCUGGAAACAUAGAAAUGGGUGAAAAUUAUUUUGGCUGAAUUUUCCCUAUUGCCGCCGCCGCCGCCGCCUUAGUUCAUUAGUAGAGUAACAUAAUUUUUUUUCUCUUUUAAAUGGUAGCCAUCCAGCCACUUCAUAGUUCAUAAAGUAAACCUUUCGUAGUUACACAUUGAUGGCAGUUGGGUUGAUAACUUGGUAGCACUCAUCCCACUAAAUUGUAAGGACAGAGACAAGUUUAAAGAUUCAAAUCUUAGUGAGGUAGUGGAUGUGUUACUAUUAUCAGCGAAGUAAUAUUUACAGAUUGCAUAGU